CCACCGUUACCGUGGCCGCCGCCAUUUCCGCGGCCGCCGCCAUCACCGCGGCCGCCGCCAUCACCGCGGCCACCGCCAUUAUUGGAUCCGGUGUAGGCAAAACCUAGAGCGGGCCAAUUCGUGCCGUGAUUCGCCAUAGGGGAUUAAACGGGUAUGUCAAUCGGAAGCUGUUGUGGAAGUUUUACAGUAAACCCUAACCCAGAGCUCUGAUACCAUAUUGAAAGGAAUGGUAAAAAAAGCUGUUAUCUUUUAUUCCUCAGCUCUAGGCUGGUAUAUAUAAUGGUAAUACAAUAAUGAUAUUAAUUCUUUCCUUAAUGGAGAAUAAAGGGAAAUAAUACAAAUAGAAAUAAUAUAUUCCAACAAAUGGAUAGUCGGGCCUUCCAUGCUCAACUUUGUCAACUGAAUACGAACAUCCCGAGAGAUUCGUUGUACUUCAAAGUAUGUCUCAGCACGAGUGAUCCAUGCCACCGGAUCGUCGCCGGUAAACGCUGGCAGCUCCACCUUCUUUGCGAACAAACGAAACUCAUCCAACAGUGAGGUAACCGUUUCACCGCUUGUUUGAGGUGAUCCACGAUUCGCUAUCGCCCGUUGAAUUUCCGCAUCAAAGGAAAGUACGCAAUUCCUCAAUACUGGUUUCCACACGUCCCAAGCGUUCCUCAACUGCAGUAAUUCUAUCUGCCAUUCUGGUUUGCAUGAACACAGCAGGUCGGACCAAUUGAUAGAAUAGAGGAAAGGUAUAAUAGAAUGGAGAAAAUUAUUUUAUUAAUGAAUAUGAAAACUGAAAAGAAAUCCAGAGCAAAUGCUCCUCAGUCAGAGAAAACAAUUCUCUCACUGCCCAACCCUAAUAUGCAAAACAAAAUAAUAAUAAUAAGAUACCUAGCUACUGCCCCAUACACCUAUUUAUAUGGGAACUCUAAACUAACUCCUAUUUAUAUGGGAAAUCUAAACUUACUCCUAUUUAUAUGAGAAAUCUAAACUAACUCCUAUUUAUAUGGGAAUACUAAUUAACUGGGCCUUUCUUAUUCUUUCCCACAUAUACUCUCCAUUGUUUAGGCCCCAAAUUAUAUUUGUUAACUGACACAUCCCCAUCAUCACUUGUGGGGUCCGAUCCAUUCCUAUCACCCACAUUCCGUCAUCACACCUUUGUGGAUGAAGAUUCAUAUGCUCAUCGGGUAGAGAUGCGUCUAUUCUGUUUCAUGCAGGAUAUGUGCGCCACAUUUAAUAUGUCUGGGAAGUAUCUCACCCACGAGACUGAUACAUGGGCUGCUACACAGUGAUACCGAAACCUACUAGCUUGUCUUUUUAUGAAAUGUCUUUGGUAUGUACUGAUAAAAGUGGCAACAACGGAUGACGUGACGCACCCUAAAUGGGUUAUUUUCAAAUACUAAUACACAAUUGUACCUCUAAUCGUUGAUAACUUUUGUUGUUUUGUUGUGGUAGAUUACACGCUGUUGAAAAGAGCUACAAGCUCACCAUGUCUGAUUGAGACACCACAUCAAGCUAAAUACAGUGUAGACGUCGCUCAUCUCUCCCGACCGGUGAGAAUCAGAAAAAGCCAAGCACCAUAUAUCUUUUGAGGGAAUUCUGGUAUUUUACAUUAUCCAGAACUUGCACUUGUUCUUCGUGAUUCACUCUAGACUUGACACACACGCAGAGGCAAAUUUUGUUGUUUAUUUUAGCCCAGUGCCUUUUAGCCACCCCUGUUUAUCAUAUAUCCUUUGUAUAACCCUUUGAGUUUUUCCAUUUUUCUUUACCACAUCAUUUAACCAUUAGCCCAAACACUUCCCUACCUUGUUCAGAGUAAUGUGGGUCGUUCUUGAAUCCGAGUUUCAUUCUAAGUUUGGGGUUGCUUUUGGAAUAGCAACCUUUAAGUUUGGGGAACUGCACACAGAUAAGGUGAAACAUAGUCAGCUUUAGAUGAGCUGGUCUCCUGUGAAUUUUCCAAGCAAGUUUCCCGGGUAUGACGUGGUUUGUUGCAGUGGUCACACCAAAGGUUUGAAAAAUUCUUCUGGUUAGUUGAACUUUUAAGGGCAGUAGCUUCUGCAGCAAGAGCAUUGGUCUCGGGAGGAGGUGGAACAAUUUUGAUCUUUCCCAUCAUUACACUUCUCCUAGUUUCCUCUCUUCUGACUUCAGCAAAGACCUCACCCAAUGAAGGUAAGGUUGCUCUCCCAAUGAUCCUGCCACGAACUUCAUCUAGCUCCUCAUUCAGACCUGCAAGAAAUUGAAAUGUUCUACCUUCUUCCACUGUCUGUUGAUGGUGUUUGGCAUCCUCUGCUGAGUUCCACUUGUAAGUGUUGAAGAGAUCAAGGUCCUGCCAAACCCGCUUCAAAGAGUAGAAGUAUUUUGUCACAUUAUUACCUCCCUGCCGAAUUUCUCUGGCUUGCAAGGUGAGUUCAUAAAUCUGAGAUUUAUUUCCAAGGUCAGAAUACAUUUCUGUGACACUAUCCCAUAGAUCUUUGGCUGUGGAACAGCACAUGUAAUUACUGCUAAUGUCCUCCUCCAUGGAGUUUACCAGCCAAAUCAUGACCAUGGAGUUUUCAGAAUCCCAAACAACAUACCGUGGAUCAGCAGUAUCUGGCUUGGGUCGCUCACCAUUGAGGUAUCCGAGUUUUCCUCUGCCAGGAAUAUACAACUGGACAGAUUGGUGCCACCGGAAGUAGUUCGACCCAUUGAGUCGAAAGGUGGUGAUUUGGACAGAAUGAGAUUCGCCGAAAAUAACUCGCUGCAAGUCUUUGGGGGCGACAAUCUCCUCUUUAUUCUGAUCAUCGCUGGUGGUUGAGGAACUGUCAACCAUGGCUGCAAAUCAGAGGCGCAAAGAUCGUUGCUCUGAUCUCAAGUUGAAAUAUUUGAUAAUAUUAAAUCAUAGCUGUACAAGAAUUCCUCCUUUUUAUAGAGGAAUUACAGUAGGUGAUUGACUAUAGAUUUGGAAGGAAAUCCUAAAUUAAAGAAAGAAUAAAUCAUAAUAAGAACCUACCUAAAAUAAACUAUAUAGAAAAGGAACAAAAUAAUUAUAUACAGACAGAAUUAUUUUCUGCCAGUUAAGAGCUAAAAUGCUGUAAUUUACAGCCUGUCAACAAUUAUAAAUAAAGCUUUAUGCUGAGAGCAAUGUAUCUCAAGCACAUUCAUAACAUUUUCUCCCUAUUGUUUUACAAUUUGUUUGGUGAAUGUCUUGAAGAUGUUAUGCGAACUGGAAAUCAGGGACAUUUUCUCCCUAUUGUUUUACAAUUUGUUUGGUGAAUGUCUUGAAGAUGUUAUGCGAACUGGAAAUCAGGGACAUUUUCUCCCUAUUGUUUUACAAUUUGUUUGGUGAAUGUCUUGAAGAUGUUAUGCGAACUGGAAAUCAGGGACGUUUGUGUGGAUUCUCAAACUGUUUGGUUCAAAUCUCCUUCUUAAGUCCUGGCAAGAGACCUGAUUUCAAGCUCCGGAUUACCAUAUUAGAAAAGAGAGAAAGUGAAGAAAAGUGAGAUAUAGAAGAUUCCAUUUUCUGUUAUCCAGAAGAUCUAAUAUCAAAAGUUAGUUACAAUAAUCAGUUAUGAGUAUUUAUAACCAAGAGACUGUGCUGAAUCAGAACAGUCAGUUACAUUCUGUUACAAGCUUUUAGGCCUUGUUUGACUAAGCUAUAUUUGAAUAUAUUAGCUAUUUCUCAAUUAAGUUAAUGUUUUGUUUACCAUUUUAUGCAGAAAGAAGAGGCAUUCUAGCUUUUAUUUCAGAUUACACGGAAGUUACUUUAAUAGCUCCUGACCUUUAAAUUUAUUGGUUUUGUUGGUGCUCCAGUUUUUCUAUCUUUUUUCCAUGUAUUCUGGCUGUUGAGGGACAUUGUAACCGUGACAGUUAGCAAGUAACAACUAUUUGGAAAGGCACAUUUAUCAUAAUAAAGAUAUAUAGUAUUAGUUUAAAUACUCUUGCAACAUUCUAUAAUAAUAGUACCAAAUGGGUGGUUGUUUCCCUUUUCCAUUCCCAAAAUAAACAAGUGAAGUAACUAUGUAUUGAGCUUCUCUGCUACUUUCAAUACUUGUUACUAGUAGGGGUGGACAAAAACCGCCCACCCGACCCAACCCAGUGAAAACCGAAAAAAACGUUCCGUUUUGUCAAGUGUUGGGGGUAAUACUUCUAAGCCAGAAUUCAUUCACUCACUUGGUGCACUCGCUCAACUUCUCUCAAUGUAUCGUUUCCACCACUCUUUGAUCAAAGUUCUCUCACAGUUAUUUUAUUUAAAGAAGUUGUCGGCGGUUGAAUAUAACUUGUAUUGGAUGUUAUUUUAUAUUAAAGAAGUUGUCGGCGGUUGAAUAUUUUAUUUAAUUAUUUUGAAGGUCUUACCAAUUUACUUAUUUUGGUUUCUUGGUUGGCAUAUUGUCUUAACUUCAUUACAAUGAUCAGGAUGAUGAAACAACCUUAUCCGAGGAAGAAAAACUGGGUAGAGUUGAUGCAAUUGAACCAAAAGAUGAGGUUAAGAGCUAAUAAGCUUUAUAUAUAUAUUGUUUUGUUAUCCUCAUGACCAAGCUUUUAUUAUAUGUAGAUUGCAUUACUACAAAAAAAGAGUAACAUGUCGGUUGAGUAACUACUUGUAAGGUAUAAAAGGUAGGUGGUAUUCAUCUCUAGUUGUUGCUAAUGGCUUAAUUCAUUGGUAUUAAAACCAUCAUUUAAUUUUAGUGCCAACUAGUAUGAUGAUGACUAUAGCUAUGCUUGCACAUCUUGCCUGUGAAAAGGGGAUUUGGAGUCCACAUCUAAUUGUAGUGCCAACUAGUGUGAUGCUUAACUGGGAGACUGAAUUUCUGACAUGGUGUCCUGCGUUUAAAAUAAUUUCUGAAAUGGUGUCAUGCGUUUAAAAUUUUGACCUAUUUUGGAAGCGCACAGGAGGGAAAGCAUAAAGACAAGGAUGGUUAAAACCAAAUUCAUUUCACGUAUGCAUAACAACAUAUAGAUUAGUUAUUUGUUAGGUACCAAAUAUGUGUGUGUAAGCCCAAUUGGCUUAGGCCCAUUUGGAGUAAUCAAAAGUAGAAGAUUAGAGGAGAUAGUUAGUUACAGGAGAGAGAACGGGUAGAGUUGGUUAUAAAGAGGGUGGAAAGUAAGAGUAUAGGUAUCGGGGAGAAAUCAUUUGUUUUAGUUAUGGACAGAGAAUAUUGUUCUCUGUAGGAGCUUGGCUCUGGGGUAGAUUGGGAUUCUUCCCUUUCUGCAUCUUAUAUUUCAUCAUUAAUCAAAUUCCGUUUAUUUCCUAAAGUUUUACUGUUUUAUUUCUUUAAUUUCUGUUUCGGAAUUUCGGGAUCCUAACAAUGGUCCGACCUACCGGAUGCAUCGAGGAAGAGCCAGUGACGUUGUCGGAGAAGGUACUUCCAAUCUUUGAUGGAACGGAAGACGCUUACUGGUGGCUGAUCCAGUUGGAUCGGUACUUUGAAGCCAACCGCUGGAUUUCAGAAAAGAUGAAAGUAGACUGGGUGACUCUGUUUGCAUUGAGAGGAGAAGCUUCUUUAUGGUGGUAUUCUUGGAAGAAAAACCAUCAAAGUGCAACAUGGAAGGAAUUUGAAAUGGCCUUUAUCAAGAAUUUCAUCCCAGAUCUGUGGGAUAUGCUUGAAGUUGCAGAGGAUGAGGAGAACCAGGGCGAUGACCACAUUCUAACUGAAAAUAAUGAGGAGUCAAAGAAUAGUGGUGUUGAAUCGGUGAUAGAGGAAGACCAGAUGUUAGUUGACAAGAGGAAUGAAGAAGAGGAGAUCUCAACUACUGAUUGGUGCAAAGGAACCGACGUCAAAGGAUUAACCCUUGAAACUAAGAAGAUGCAAGAACCACUACGGUCAAUGGCGAUAUUUCUCAAUAUGGAUAUCACAGGAAGCAAGGAAGUGAAAGAAUUCAAAGGGUGUGUUGAAUCAGGAAGGUUUGAGAAGAUAAACGUAUCAAGCACAAUGGUGGAGAGAGUAUGUGCACAUAAAUCAUACUUGAGAUCACCAUUGAAGCCGACAUACGCCGGACGAUUUGUAACGGCACUACCGCGGCGAAUCUUGCAACCCCCACCGAUCAAAACAAGAUCAAGCUGGACAAUACCCUCUUUAGUGAGGAAACCACCAAAGCCGCCAGAUGUUAAACACCAUGUGAAGAGUCCACCACAACAAAAAUUGUUGGAAGAGUUUCCAAGGGUAAACGGUAAGAAGCAACUGAUGAUGAUGGGAGUCGAAGGGGAAAACAAUCGUAAGUCUCGCAAAAAAGGGGUGAAGGUGAGUUACGACCGCUUAGAUAAUUAUAGGUCUAAGUUUGACAAUGACACCAUCGAUUCUUCAUCUCUGAAGGAUUCAAUCAUUUUUUCCUUUUCUCAAAAAGAAUCACACCGAAAACUAUACUGUGCAGCGAAGAAGAUUCAAAGGGCAUGGGGCUCCACCAUGGUCGGAGAAAUGCCUAAGACAGUCCCUCCACACUUGAAACAGUCAAUUGCCGUCCACCGUAUAGUUACGAUGCCAUCACUGCAGAACGACUUUAGUGAGGAAACCACCAAAGCCGCCAGAUGUUAAACACCAUGUGAAGAGUCCACCACAACAAAAAUUGUUGGAAGAGUUUCCAAGGGUAAACGGUAAGAAGCAACUGAUGAUGAUGGGAGUCGAAGGGGAAAACAAUCGUAAGUCUCGCAAAAAAGGGGUGAAGGUGAGUUACGACCGCUUAGAUAAUUAUAGGUCUAAGUUUGACAAUGACACCAUCGAUUCUUCAUCUCUGAAGGAUUCAAUCAUUUUUUCCUUUUCUCAAAAAGAAUCACACCGAAAACUAUACUGUGCAGCGAAGAAGAUUCAAAGGGCAUGGGGCUCCACCAUGGUCGGAGAAAUGCCUAAGACAGUCCCUCCACACUUGAAACAGUCAAUUGCCGUCCACCGUAUAGUUACGAUGCCAUCACUGCAGAACGAGUUACGUUGGGUGCUUAUGAUGGAGAAUCCGGGUCGAGUGAAAGAGGGUGAUAGAAGGGCAAACUUGUCUUUAGGUAAGUUGGGUGAAUUCUUUAAUUUAAUGGGUCUGACCCAAGUUGUUGAUAGUUAUGGGGUUCAAGAAAAAUGGGUUUGUAGUAUAUGGGACCCAACCCCAGAAACACCACUUGAGAAUUGGGAAAAAAAUUGUGUUGACCAAAUAUGUUGUGUUUUCCCAUUGCCCCUAACUAGAGCCUUUAUAGAAGUAUUGCAUUUCAAUACUAUUGGGGAAAAAUAUCCUUCAGUUCCAUACUCCACAAGAAAUGGAAGAAAUACUCUUUUAAGUGCCUUACAGAUGGUUACAUAUGCUAUUGCCAAGUGGGUAUAUAACCAUGUCAAGGUACUAAGUGCUUUACAGAUGUCUAUCUAUGCUACUGCCAAGUGGGUACAUACCUUGGAUGGUUCAUGGAAUUCUUUGCUCCCAUCAUUGCAUGGUAAGUCCCAAUUUCAAUAUAGAAAAUUUGAGAAGGCAAUGAAGCAAUCCUCCACAUAUGUUUUGUUCACUCAAUAUCUCUCAAUUUUUCGGGGGCUACUUGAUACACUUAAAAGCUUUAUUUCCUACUUCAUGGAUAUGGAAGCAAAUCAUGUAACCUAUGAAGAAAGUUUAUUCCAAUACACAAAUUAUCAGAGUGCACACCUACAACAUGAGUCCAUGAUAAAUGAGUAUAUGUGCUCUUCCCUCACUGCCAUUUACUUGGUUAGAGCUGCAAAUUUUGUUUUGUUGUUUGGAAACUCUAUAACAAAUGGUGUUGACAUGAUGCUGGAGAGUAUAGGAGAUGCAACCAUAGUUAGGCUGGAAGCAUCAACUAAGCUUGUUAUUCAAGUGAAUCGGGUUGUUGCGAUGGAUGAGGGUCUAUUUCCUCAGCAAGUUGAAAAAAGUAGCAGGCUACGAUGCAAAUGUAGAGCGGGGGAAAUUGUUUGGGUGGUUCAAAGGGUUGAAACCGGAUCAUCAACCUCUGAACAGUGGGACCCAGGUGGAAGGACCCUAAUUUUCAACUAUUGUACAAGGAGAGUUUUUAGAAGAACUACCAUGGGUCAAUUUUUAUUUCAGUGGAAAAGAAUGUUUUUUCAUGAUUGGGUCAAUAUCCCCACCGUUCAGAUCAAUCAUAUGUGUUUUCUUAAACCCACCAUUGGAGAAUGUGUUUAUGGGGCAGCACCAGGUUUUAAAAUCUGGGAGUUUGAAUGGCAGCAACAGUUCGUUGCAACUUUUAUUGUGUUGCUCAAGUAUAGGAUCUAUGGAAAAUGUUCAGGCCCAAACCACACAAGAAUUCAAUAUUAUGAGUACACAAAUGUCUCAGCACCAACAAGGGAGGAAGCCUCUAGUGGAACAGCAGAGUUUAUCAAGCAACCAAAAUCUCUGUUCAAUACUGCAGGUUAUAACAAGGCAGCAGCUACUGGAAAGUGAAUUCUUUUUUCUCUGCCUUGAGGACAAGGCACAUUUUAAGGGGGUGGUAUUGUUAGGUACCAAAUAUGUGUGUGUAAGCCCAAUUGGCUUAGGCCCAUUUGGAGUAAUCAAAAGUAGAAGAUUAGAGGAGAUAGUUAGUUACAGGAGAGAGAACGGGUAGAGUUGGUUAUAAAGAGGGUGGAAAGUAAGAGUAUAGGUAUCGGGGAGAAAUCAUUUGUUUUAGUUAUGGACAGAGAAUAUUGUUCUCUGUAGGAGCUUGGCUCUGGGGUAGAUUGGGAUUCUUCCCUUUCUGCAUCUUAUAUUUCAUCAUUAAUCAAAUUCCGUUUAUUUCCUAAAGUUUUACUGUUUAUUUCUUUAAUUUCUGUUUCGGAAUUUCGGGAUCCUAACAUUAUUCACGUAUGCAUAAUAACAUAUAGAUUAGUUAUUUUGGAAGCGCAAAAAGUGAAAAUACUUGAUCUUAGAUGAAGCUCACCUCAUUAAAAACUGGAAAUCACAAAGGUGGCAGACACUGUUGAAUUUCAAUUCAAACCGACGAAUUCUGUUGACUGGUACGAGUACACCGCUACAGAAUGAUCUCAUGGAACUGUGGUCUCUCAUGCAUUUCUUGAUGCCCUUGUUUUCCAGUCACACCAAGAGUUUAAGGACUGGUUUAGUAAUCCUAUAUUAGGAAUGGUAGAGGGAGAGGAAAAAGUUAAUAAGGAGGUUGUUGAUCGCCUGCAUAAUUUCCUUCGUUCAUUCUUACCCCGUCGAUUAAAGAGAGAUGUAGAAAAGCAACUUCACGUGAAAAUUGAGCAUCUGACACGGAUAUUUGUACGACACGUAUCUUACACGUUUUUACAGUGUCCAACGAAAAAAAUAAUUUAAUUACAGCGGACAAAAGUGAGACAACUGUGUUUCUGAACCCAUCUUACAAGCAGCGAUGCUCUGAUAUUCUUUCACGACUAUUGUCACCAAUCAGGCCCGCAAUUGUCCAUCGUCAAGUAUAUUUCCCAGAUAGGCGAUUUGUCCAAUUCGACUGUGGAAAAUUACAGGAGCUAGCAAUUUUACUGAGGAGAUUAAAUCCGAAGGUCACCGAGCUCUGAUAUUCACUCAGAUGACUAAGAUGCUUGACAUAUUAGAAGCGUUCAUUAAUUUGUAUGAUUUUACUUACAUGUGCUUAGAUGAUUUGUAUGAUUUUACUUACAUGUGCUUAGAUGGAGAGGCAAAACUUAAUGCAGCGCUUUAACACAAACCCCAAAUUUUUUCUUUUCAUCAGUGAUGAUUAUUGUUGUUUACAGUGAUUAAAGGCUUUGAACUAAUUCUCACACUCUACAGGUGAUUAAGUUGAUUAAAGGUUUUGGACCAAUUGUGUAUAUGGAUCAAGGGUGAUUAAGGUUUUCAACAAGGUUGUUACCUAUUCUUAACAAGGUUUUCAACAAGGUCAAAUUGGAAUGGAUCAAGGCAACUUAUCUUUACAGUAAAAACAGUUUAUUUGGGAAAGUUGAGCAGCAGUCCACAUCUCCCCACAACGUUAAGUCCACAUCUCCCACAAUGUCAUGGAGAUUCAUUGGAUUCAUACUUAAUGCUAGACAACCUGACUCACAUUUGCACCUUCAGCCUCCAUUUCAAUGGUAGGAAAAGAGUUCAGCCACUUAUUUAAAGAAUCCUUUUAUAUCUUUUGUACUUUCGUCAGUGCAAAGAAAUUGAACUAUACUUUAUUAUGAGCCCCACACAAAUGAAUAUGACAACUUUCAUUUCAAAUUAGUUUCUUGUUUAGGGUGAGGCAAGUGAAAGAGAAAACCAAUUUUUCUUUAUCUCUU